AUGUUAAACAAUCAAAGAGCACUAACCAGUGGCAUAGGCCUAGCCCUCUGCAAGCGGCUACUAGCAGAAGACGAGGAGCUUCACCUGUGCUUGGCGUGCAGGAACAUGGGCAAAGCGGAAGCUGUCCAAGCUGAUCUGCUGGCCUCUCACCCCAAAGCCCAAGUCACCAUUGUGCAGGUGGAUGUUAGCAACCUGCAGUCGGUGUUCCAGGCCUCCAAGGAGCUCAAGCAAAGGUUUCAGAGAUUAGACUACGUAUAUCUAAAUGCUGGAAUCAUACUUAAUCCUCGGCUGAAAAUAAAAGAGUUUUUCUCUGGCCUCUUUUCAAGAAAAAUGAUUCAUAUAUUCUCUACAGCUGAAGGACUGCUGACCCAGGAUGACAACAUCACAGCCGAUGGGCUCCAGGAGGUGUUUGAAACUAAUGUUUUUGGCCAUUUUAUCCUGAUUCAAGAGCUGGAACCUCUCCUCUGUCACCCUGACCGUCCAUCUCGGCUCAUCUGGACAUCGUCCUGCAGCGCCUUGAAAUCCAAUUUCAGCCUUGAGGACUUCCAGCACAGCAAAGGCCAAGAACCAUACAGCUCUUCCAAAUACGCCACUGACCUCUUGAGUGUGGCUUUGAACAGAAACUUCAACCAGCGGGGCCUGUAUUCCAGUGUGGUGUGUCCAGGGGCAGUGAUGACCAACCUGACGUAUGGAAUUCUGCCUCCUUUUAUCUGGAUGCUCCUGGUGCCAGUCAUACUGUUGCUGCGCUUUUUUGUGAACUCUUUCACAAUGACACCUUACAACGGAGCGGAAGUAUUGCUGUGGCUGUUCCAGCAAAAGCCUGAGUCUCUGAACCCACUCACCAAAUACCAUAGUGCUACCACGGGCCUUGGAAAAAAUUAUAUAAAUCCCCAAAAGAUGGACGUGGAUGAAGACACUGCUGAAAAAUUUUACCAAAAUUUGCUAGCACUUGAAAAACGUAUUAGGGCCACAGUUCAAAUCUAAUAGCCAAAGCUGAGGGUGAAGCUCCUGAAACACGACCACCUCCCACUAGCAUGUUGAGAGUGUCCAUUCCUACCAGUUGGUAUGAGUGUUUGCAAUGAGCCACCGCCUAAGACCAUGAGAUUCCCUUCUCUC